GCUGCCAGCGCAGAAAGCGAGCCUGCUCCCUGAAUGCUCAGCGUGUAUCAGCAAUCUGCUGCACCGAUGGAUUUUAAGGAGCUUGGAGACGGCUCGUCCUCCGAGGGCGACACGGAGGAUCUGGACAGCGUGAAAGCGCUCACGGAGAAGCUGAAGUUACAGACCCGCAGACCGUCCUACCUCGAGUGGCAGGAGCGCGUACAGAGCCGAGCGUGGAAGGAAAGAAAUUCCGCGGACGGUCCCGAAUCAGGAGGACAGCAAGUCGUUUCCGUGCCGGCAAUUUUGAGGAGGUCAGAACUGGUUGUGGGCAGCAUCUGUGGCUUUGACACUAUGGACGAUGCCCUGGAGCAUCUUAGAAAAGAGCUGAGGGAAAUGCAAGUUCAGGACAACCGACUGGCCCGUCAGCUGAUCCGUCUGCGGGUGGAGAUCCAUCGGCUCAAAGUGGAGCAAGUGUGCCACCGUCACAAGGAGAUGCUGGACGACGCAACGUACGAGCUGGAGGAGUGCGGAGAGGAGUCGGACCUGCUGUGUGAUAUCCCCAUGAAGGCUGCCUUUGCUCUGUCCACCCCUCUAAAGCAUCUGGGCCUCACCAAGAUGAAUAUCAACUCCAGGCGUUUCUCACUGUGUUAAAGACCGCAGGCCUCACUCAUGCCACCGAGGACGCUCCGUCACCUCCUCUGUGUUUGUGUAGGCAUUAUUGUUAUAAAGGGUUAUUUCCGUUGAUGGCGCAGUGGGGCAAAAGUAAAGAUGAGCCACUAGCAGCUGUGAAUGAAAAUGAAAACGUUGAUGACUUUGAUGUGUGCCUUGGUAUGACAUGCAUGAGGAAGCCUGUGCAUACAGACCUGCAGGGGCAUACACCUUUAUCAUCACGCAGCUUCCUGCUGGAUGAGGUCUGGGCAGCUCUGCUGUUGACUGAGAGAAUUAAUGAAGACUAAGAGCUAGACUGAAGUAUACUCAGUGAACUGAGUAUAUUUUUAAUAUCAGAAACCAAGGUGAUUUGGUGAUGCAAAUUCAUAUUGAACAAAGAAGUUUAAGCGGGACAAUAACUCAUUUAUAAAUCUGUUCAUAUUCUUGGACUCUGCAGGAGUGCAGUAGAAAUUCACAUUUCAAAUAUGCCUUAUUUACCUUCUACUGAGUUCACUCCACCCACUGUUAGAAACGAGCUCCCCGAAGCCACCUUUAUUGUGAUUGGCUGCCCCUCUUGAGAAGAGGUGAGGCGAUUUUGUUAAGGUUAUCCCCUCUCAUUGAGGUCAUUAGAAAAAACUGUCGGAAACUGUGUUUGGAGCAGUCUGUGCCUGAGCUUUUGGCUCACGGGGAUUACUUUGCAUACACUGACCUCAUUAUUGGGAACUUAAUUCAUGUUUAAUAUGACUGUUCUCCAUUGUCAUGUGCCUAGAACAGAUAUAACUUAUAUAUACAGUGAUUAACACAUGCAUUAGAGCAUGCCUUCGAAAAUUACCAAAUGAACUUUUAAUUUUCUGAAAUCUGUCAGCACGUGCAGGCGCUUUAAUCAAAUUCAUAUUUGCAAUGAAAAUAAAAUGAAAAAUAUAAUUAAUGUUAUCUGAGAAUUACAGUCAUUUACUUGCAUUCCUGAACAGAAGCAACAAUUUUCCUGAUAAAAAAAACAACAGAAAAUCUUCUUCUUUUUUUUUUUUUUUUUUUUUUUUACAGAUUUCUAAAUCAUUUCUGAUCUUAUUCAUUUGACAGAAAAUGAGGAAAUGUUAGGUCAACUUUAAGGUUAUACAGAAAUGAAAGUAGCCCUCCCACGUGUUCAGGUCACACUACCUUACAUCACCUCAGAAAUUAUGCUGCCAGCCUAAAUAGGUCUUGGAACAAAAGUGAGAUGUUACAAUUUAGAAAAUGAAAUAAAGACAAAACAUAUUGAAGCUGUUUUCAAGCUUGAAUGAAAAAAAAAAAAUCACAUAUUUCCCCUGUGGCCUGCAGUGCUACUCAUGCUACUCAUCUCUCUGGCUGUGAGUUUCUCACUUUGCCUGGCUUCUCUUCAAUAAAAUGGAAUCUAAUAGCGUUCCCCUAAAAUACAUUUAAAUACCUCAGCAGCAACGUCUCUUCUCUGAAAUCAUGACUCAAGUUUUAUUUUUAAUCUACCGUGAUCUGCCAUGUGAGGACUGCAGUUAAGCAAGGUUAAAGCCUCUUUACUUCUUAUUUGCCAUCAUGCUUUUACAAGCAUCAUGAUUAGAUAGAUGAUGUUCACGUCUGCAGAUUUUUAUUCAUUUAUUUUUUAAGUAACUGGGUCAUGACCUCUGAAAAGAGUCAGAUGUAUUCCCAUCAAAUAUAUUUUUCGGCACUUUGAAUGUCAAGUAAGAUUUAGGCAAAGCCAUUAACGACCCUUUUAAAAGGUCACGAGCCAAAAAGUUUGGGAAACACAGCUUUACUGAAACUGAUGCAUGAAGGCAGCUGCUCCUGUCUGGUCUGGGCCGAUACAGAAAUGCUCAGCAACACGUUGAAGUAAACAAAGUCCUUUAAUGCAGACACUUACAGCAGCCACAGGCAGGUCACACUCCAGCAUUUUUUACACCUCUUCUUCACAAACCAAAAAUAUCUCUGCAACCUAGCAGCUGCAGUGACACAAACCAGGAGCUCGUGUCCGAUGUUCUUUGUUUUUCAUUAGCACGUCAGGAUGCUGCAGAGCACUGAUUUUAGACUAUAUGUGGCUGGCCAGUGACCAAGUAUAUUUUAUGUUUUAAAUGAUUUUGUCUUUAGUUUAGUUUUUUAAAGAAUGAAUGAAUUUAACUUUGGU